AUGCCGCUCCCCUUCCUCGCCUCCCUCUACUUCGACGGCUACCCGCCCUGGCUCCCCGACCCCUACCUCAUCCUCAAAUACACGACGGCGGCCGCGGCCAUCACGCUCACAAAAUGGUACUCGGGGGGCCGGGCCAACACGGCGGAGCGCAACAUGCACGGGCGCGUGGUGCUGAUGACGGGCGGGACGUCGGGGAUCGGCGCGGCCACGGCCUACGAGCUGGCGCGGCGCGGCGCCCAGCUCGUGCUGCUGACGCGCCUGCCGCCCACCGACGCGUUCCUGGUCGAGUACAUCGACGACCUGCGCACCCGCACGGGGAAUCAAAUGAUUUACGCCGAGCAGGUGGAUCUGGCGGACUUGUAUAGCGUGCGCCAGUUCGCGACCCGCUGGAUUGAUAAUGCGCCGCCGCGGCGGCUGGAUAUGAUUGUGCUGUGUGCGGCGACCAUGGUACCGCCGGGCGGGAAGCGGGUGGAGACGGAGGAGGGCGUGGAGGUGACGUGGAUGGUGAACUACCUGGCGAAUUUUCACCUGCUGGGGAUUCUGAGCCCGGCGAUCCGCGCGCAGCCGUUCGACCGCGACGUGCGGAUCGUGGUGCCGACUUGCUCGAGCUACAUCGCGUCGCCGAGGCUGGACGCCGAGGUGGACGCGAAGGACUGGACGCCGCAGUGGGCGUAUGCGCGGAGCAAGCUCGCGCUGAUGAUGUUUGCUAAGGCGUACCAGAAGCACCUCGACGCGUACAAGCGGCCGGAUCAGCUGCCCAUGACGGCGAGGGUGGUGCUGGUAGAUCCGGAGGCGAUGGCGCGCACGCCGGGCAUGAGGAGAUGGCUUACGAGGGGGUCGUUGUGGGGGCUGUUGCUCUACUUAAUCUUCUACGUUUCCGCUUGGUUGUUCCUGAAGAGCCCUGAGAUGGCUGCGCAGUCGUUGUUGUAUGCGGUAAUGGAAGGCAGCUUGGUGAGCGUGCCUGGGGGCAGGUUGAUCAAGGAGUGUAUGCAGGUGGACUGCGCGCGGAUUGAUGUGGAGGACGAAAAGGUGGCCAAGCAGCUGUGGGAGUCGAGCGACAAGCUGAUUGAGCGGGUUGAGAAGCUGCAGGCCGUCAAAAGGGCCAAGGCAAAGAAGGAAGAGGAGAAGAGAGAGGAGGAAGCGAAGAAGACGGCCCAGGUUGAGGAGAUCGAGGCUCUCGUCGGAGCUAUCACAAGGGGCAAGGCCAAGGCGGCUAAGGCGGCCACGGGAUCCAAUGCGGCCCCAAAGAAGAAUGGGAAGAAGGGAAAGGCUGUUGGGAAUGACGCCAAAUACAACACUUUCAAGUACCGCCGCCAGUACCUCUACCAGCGCCGGCGCAGGAGUUCGAUUAGGUCCCCUGGCCAGGCACUCUUGGGGGCAAAUAAGCACCGCAUCCACAAAUACAACGCCUCGACACUGCCCAUUCCCGCCUUCUUCACAAAUAAGCUGCGCCGGCCGCCAUUCACCAUUUCGCCAGGCCCAGAAUUCAACCCGGUCGUACACGGCUACGUCUAUAAGGAUGCGCUGCGGGGCAGUGGCAAGUCGGCAGGGCCGCGGCUGUGA